AUGCGAUUGCAGUAUAUCGGCUAUCACACUGCUGCAUCACCGCAGGUGGAUGAGUUACCUGCUGUGGAAGGUUUACGGAUAGAGGGGAACAUCAGCAGCAGAGAGGUGGUGAUGCCAGGCAGCAAAAGAGCUGUGGAGGUGGAUGAGGUGGAAGAUCUGUCCCAGCUGGAAGAGGUGUGUGAGAGCUCUGUGCUUCUGAAUCUGAAGAAGAGGUUCCACCGUGACUGUAUUUAUACUUACAUUGGAAACAUGCUACUGUCCAUUAACCCCUUCAAGCCCCUGAACAUCUACACAGAUGAGCUGAGACAGAAAUACCAGUGCAAAGAGCAGCAGAGAAACCCACCCCAUGUGUACGCCAUAGCUGACAAUGCCUUCAGCCAGUCUCAGACCUCAACACAGGAGCAGUGCAUCAUCAUAAGUGGCCAGAGUGGUUCAGGAAAAACUGAAGCUACCAAGCUGAUAGUUCACUACCUCAGCUCCAUGUAUCAGGGUAGAAGCAACAAUCUGCGACAGGUAAAAAUCCUGGAGGUCUUUCCCAUCCUGGAGAGUUUUGGGAAUGCCAAGACCAUCCUCAACAACAACUCCAGCCGCUUUGGCAAGUACCUCCACAUCCACAUUCUCCAUGGGGUCGUUGUAGGGACCUCAUUGUCCAGGUAUCUCCUUGAGAAGUCCAGGGUUGUAUUUCAGGCCAAUGAGGAGAGGAACUACCAUGUGUUUUAUGAGCUGCUGGCCGGUAUGAACGACUGGGACAAACAGGCGCUCUACCUGCAGGGAGCCGAGACCUAUUACUACCUGAACCAAGGCGGCGCCUGCGAGCUGAACGGGAAGCAGGACAAAGAGGACUUCCAACUUUUGGUUCAGUGCUUUGACGCCAUCGGCCUCCACGCUGACCAGGUCUCCACCGUCUGGGCCAUCCUGUCCUCCAUUCUGCAGCUCGGCAACAUCUGCUUCAGCUCAUACGAGAGCGAGUCCUUUGAGGUGUCCCGGAUCUUCAGCGAGGCUGAGGCCAGGAGGGUUGGCUCCCUGCUGCAGAUUUCCUCUGAGGCCCUGCAGACUGUCAUCACUCACAGAGUCACAGAGACGACGUACGACAGGAUCUACUGCCCUCUGUCUGUGGAAAGUGCCAUAGAAUCCAGAGAUGCCAUAGCCAAAGCCUUGUACUCAGUGUUGUUCGACUGGUUGUUGGAGCAGAUCAACGACUGGCUGAGUCCCACAGAGAUGGACAGCACAGUGGGGAUAGUGGACAUCUACGGGUUUGAGGACCUGGGAGUGAACAGCUUUGAGCAGCUGUGUAUCAACUUUGCCAAUGAGCAGCUGCAGCACUAUGUCAACAAGGCGGUGAUAUGUCAGGAGGAGGAGGAGUACAGUGCAGAACAGAUCCAGUGGCACUCGAUGCCGCACAAGAACUUCCACUCCUGCCUGGAGCUGAUCUCUUCCAGGCCACACGGCAUCCUCCGCAUACUGGACGACCAGACCUGCCUCCCCCAGGCCACCGACCACACCUUCCUCCAGAAGUGCCACUAUCACCAUGGGAACAGCCCCCACUAUGCCAAGCCCAAGAACCCACUCCCAGUCUUCACUAUUUAUCACUAUGCUGGAGCUGUCACCUAUCAGGUCCAUAACUUCCUGAAUAAGAACCACGACCAGUUCAGGACAGAAGUGGUGGAGCUUUUCGCCAGGAGUCGCUUAAAGAUGGUGUCCGAGUUGUUCCAGAAGCUUCAGGACGGUUACAUUCAGCAGAGGGAGCUGGGCUGGAGAGGGAAGGGCCUCCGCCAGCAGCCCUCCACCGCUGCCUCACACUUCCUCCAGUCCCUGACUGAACUCACCACCCGGCUGGAGAGAUGCAAAACCACGUUCAUCCACUGUCUGAAGCCAAACUAUGUCAAGCUUCCUGGGAUCUUUGAUGUGGACUAUGUGUCAGCCCAGCUGAGGCAUGCUGGGACCCUGGAGACCAUCCACAUCAGGAAAGAGGGUUUCCCCAUACGGAUUCAAUACUCCUACUUCAUCGAGAGGAAUGUGGUCUGGGACAGCUGUAACUGCACACAGGCCAGUCUCAGUCCAGACUGUUGUGUUCUGUGGUUCCCUGAUGGCGGAACAAGCUGCCGAACGCUCUCAGAGGAGGGGCAUCCCUCUAUAUCCUCAAGAAUCUCUUGA